GCAGACCCGAUAUGCAGUAGUGUUCAUCAAAACGCUAGUAUGAUGAAGUUGGUGUUGAUCUAUUUGGCGUGUCUUGCGCUGUUCUGUAGAACCAAUGUUGUCUUCGCAAACGAUGAAGCUAACUCAGUCGAAAGUCGCUUGGAUGCGAUACAAUCGAGUUUGAACCUUAUAUUCGUGGAAACCAGCGAACAAAUAGAAGCUCUAACGAAUGAAAUCCGCGCUCUCAAACAAUCCCUCGACCAUCUCGGUUGGUAUUCCGAAGAGGUCAAGCAUUCCGUUGCAGCGAUUCAGGAGGGCAACGAACUUCUGCUGAGGAACUUGACAAUUCUUACGUAUCGAUCUGACGAGGUAAUAGCAAAUCAGCAGUACUGUGCCAACCAUGAAGCGUUGAAAAAUCUGUUCUACGAUCUGACUCCGAAAUGCGGUGCCUUCAAUUCUACCCCGAAACCUCCGGAAGUUAUUUACAACUCUUGCAAAGAGGCUCCCUACCGAUCCGGAGUUUAUGAGUUGGCAGUGAAUGCAACUGGAAGGUCUUUCAAAGUGUACUGUGAAAUGGAUCAGUUUGGCGGUGGCUGGACGGUAUUUCAGAAGCGUCAAGACGGAUCGGUAGACUUCAAUCGCAGCUGGGUUGAGUAUCGUGAAGGGUUCGGUGAAGUGUCCGGUGAAUACUGGCUUGGUUUGGAGGCGUUGCACCAAAUGACGACCAGGAAACAACAUGAACUGUUGAUUAUCUUGGAGAACUUCAACGGGUCGACUAGCUAUAUACGGUAUCCUGGAGUGGUGAUUGACAGUGAAGCACAAAAGUACAAGAUCUAUUUCAAUGGCUCAGGAAGUGGAAACGCGGAGGAUUCGUUGUACGCCUAUCGCAACGAGGUGUUUGUGACUCCUGAUCAAACAAGCGGUACAUACUUGAAUUGUGCCAAACAACUUGCUAGUGGAUUUUGGCAUUACGAUUGUAGCUCCACUAGUAGCAGGAACAACUUGAAUGGAGUUUAUGGCGUAUCCGCUGGGAGGAACGGUAUCUGGUGGUAUAACUCAUUUUCGGGAUAUCAGCAGUAUAAUCCACUGAAGGGAACUCAGAUGCUGAUUAGAGAAACUACUCACCGGUGAAUACUUAUCAAUAAAUUGAAAAUAUGGGUGCAACAAAAA